AUAAUAUCUUGUCGUUUUUGACUCUUCUUGUUUUUGGAGAGGGGGCGUUAAAUUUAACUUCCCUUCCUCACAUCUUCAUUAAUAGAUAAACAGGUGUGGCUCUACAGUGAAGGUGCACACAUGGAGGUAGAGGGACUGGAUGAUGAAGGAGCUUCGUCUCACAGUGAACUUUAUGAUGAUCUCCAGUUGGUGCAGCAGGAAUCGGUGUGUCUGGAAAGCUCAGCGCCUGUAGAGAAUGUGUUUGUGGACAGGAAAGCAGUGGACAAACUCACGGAGGGAUUACUCUCUCACUACCUACCAGAUCUACAGAACUCUAAACGAGCCCUCCAAGAGCUCACACAAAAUCAGCUGAUACUGUUAGACACGCUGGACCAAGAAGUCACAAAGUUCAGAGAAUGUAAUGCCUUACUGGACCUAAAUUCACUGUUUACAGAGGCGAAGAUUUACCACAAUAAACUGGUCAACAUAAGGAAAGAGAUGAUUAUGCUGCACGAGAAGACAACUAAACUAAAGAAAAGAGCUUUGAAGCUUCAGCAACAGAAGCAGAAAGAAGAACUGGAGAAGGAGCAACAACGUGAGAAGGAGCUCGAGAGAGAAAGGCAGCUCAUUGCCAAACCUGCUAAAAGAGCAUAGAGUCCCCCAGUACGACUGCUGUAUUAAAGGAUACAGGUGGUUUUGCAUGUUUCAGUCUAUUUAUUACAAAUUAAGGGUCAUUCUCAUAAAUUCUGACCAUUUCACAAAGCGUAAGUAUUAUUAGAGUUUUUAAAUUAUUAUUGGUUUUUGGGCAUUUUUGCAUUUGACUGAGACCAGGGCAGAAUGAGGAGAGAUAACAUACAAGGUUUCUAGAUGGAUUUGAAUGUGUUACGGUCAUAUGGUAUGCCAGACAGACAUCAGACAGUCCUGGCACUUGAGCCUUUUUGGAUUUUGGAAUGCAUUUAGUUGUUUUCCACGUAGCCAUUGUCUCAUUCAUUGUUCAUUACAAUAUUUUGUUAAAAUCAACUUGAAUCUUGCUUUGGACAGAUAUUUUAUUAUUGUCCAAGUUACUCUUUGUUACUGUUACAUGGUAAUGAAGAUGAAAAUGAAUUUUGCUGUGAACUAAAUUACUCCUCAAUAACACAUCAGACAUGGAUCCCUUAACAGGUUUCAAGUGUCUGCAUGUUAAAACAUGCAUACAGUUUUACUACCCGUCAGCUAUAGAUACUUCUAAACACUGCAAGGGUUAAUUCAGUAAAAUAGUGCAACACAGCCUCUACAGUCAAAUUAUCAAAAUAAUCUCAAUUAAAGGUCCAAUUCAUAUGUUGUUCUGUAGAUUUUAACUGCAUCUUACUUGAAGAUCGCACCCCUCUUGACAACUACACUGCAACAGUAAAUAAACCAAUUCUGUAUGUUUAUAUCUGAAACAAACUGAAAUGAAUCGGAAACUGUGGCUGUCUGGGACGAGAGAAAAGGCAAAGUUAUGGGAUUGUGGUAUUCUUUGGGAAAUCGUUCACUUAACGCAGUAUGAUGUAAAUGAGUUUUAGUAAAUGGGCUAAAACAUGCAAAAACUCUUGAUCCUUUAAGUCUGACAUUGCCAAGAUCACCACAAACCAAAGACAUGGACUCAAUCAUCAAAUGCUGGUACUUCCUACUAUCAACCUCUGAGGACACACACAAACUCGAGCACUCGGACCUCCUGAGAACAGAAAAAAAAACAACUUAAGAGACUUUGAACAGGAGAAGAAUCAAUGUGUUUGCUGCCUUUUGUUAAAGAUAAAGUAUUAAUAUAUCUUGUCUCUGGGCAUUGUGCCCUUGUAGUGUUGAAUGUUGAACUGUUAUUAAGAAUCAGAUAGGUCUGCACGAAGAUUGACUGACGGUAUUUCUGGGGUCCAGACAUUAUAAUGGAAGAUGUACCAAACGUUCCCCUCAACAUACACAGCAUAUUUAAAUUUGUUUAAACAGACCUUUCAAGAGGUUUCUUUCUAUGCACUACUUAACCCUGGAUCUCCAUGUUUGUAAGAUUAAUAAUAAAAUUCAUGU